AUGCAGAGCCGGGCAGCCCGCGCCCCUCUUCCAGCGCCACCGCCGCCGCUGUUGCUGCUGCUGCUGCUGCCGCCACUGCUGGGAGACCAAGUGGGGCCCUGUCGUUCCCUGGGGCCCGGGGGACGUGGUUCCUCAGGGCCCUGCGCCCCCGCGGGCUGGCUCUGUCCAGCUUCAGCCUCCAACCUCUGGCUCUACAGCAGCCGCUGCAGGGAUGCAGGGACAGAGCUGACUGGCCACCUGGUGCCCCACCACGACGGUCUGAGGGUCUGGUGUCCAGAAUCCGGAGCCCACAUCCCUCUGCCGCCAGCCCCCGAAGGCUGCCCAUGGAGCUGUCGCCUCCUGGGCAUUGGAGGCCACCUCUCCCCACAGGGCAAGCUCACCCUGCCCCAGGAACACCCGUGCUUGAAGGCUCCCCGGCUGAGAUGCCAGUCCUGCCAGCUGGUGCAGACCCCAGGGCUCAGGGCAGGGGAACGGUCAACAGAAGAGUCCAUGGGCGGGCGUCGGAAAAGGAAUGUGAAUACAGCCCCCCAGUUCCAGCCCCCCAGCUACCAGGCCACAGUGCCUGAGAACCAGCCAGCAGGUACCCCUGUGGCAUCCCUGCGGGCCAUUGACCCAGAUGAGGGUGAGGCCGGCCGGCUUGAGUACACCAUGGAUGCCCUCUUUGAUAGCCGCUCCAAACAUUUCUUCUCUCUGGACCCAAUCACGGGUGCUGUAACCACAGCUGAGGAGCUGGAUCGUGAGACCAAGAGCACCCAUGUCUUCAGGGUCACGGCACAGGAUCAUGGCAUGCCCCGACGCAGUGCCCUGGCCACACUCACCAUCUUGGUGACUGACACCAAUGAUCACGACCCUGUUUUCGAGCAACAGGAGUACAAGGAGAGCCUCAGGGAGAACCUGGAGGUUGGCUAUGAGGUGCUCACUGUCAGAGCCACAGAUGGUGAUGCCCCUCCCAAUGCCAAUAUUCUGUACCGCCUAUUGGAGGGGCCUGGGGGCAGCCCCUCAGAAGUCUUUGAGAUUGACCCUCGCUCUGGGGUGAUCCGAACGCGUGGCCCUGUGGAUAGGGAAGAAGUAGAAUCCUACCAGUUGACAGUGGAGGCAAGUGACCAGGGUCGGGACCCUGGUCCACGGAGCGCCACAGCCGCUGUGUUCCUGUCUGUGGAGGAUGACAAUGACAAUGCUCCUCAGUUCAGUGAGAAGCGCUACGUGGUCCAGGUGCGCGAGGAUGUGACCCCGGGGGCCCCGGUACUCCGGGUCACAGCCUCAGAUAGAGACAAGGGCAGUAACGCCCUGGUGCACUAUAGCAUCAUGAGUGGUAAUGCUCGGGGACAGUUUUACCUGGAUGCCCAGACUGGGGCUCUGGACGUGGUGAGCCCUCUUGACUAUGAGACGACCAAGGAGUAUACCCUACGGGUCCGGGCACAGGAUGGCGGCCGCCCCCCGCUCUCCAACGUCUCUGGCCUGGUGACAGUACAGGUCCUGGAUAUCAAUGACAAUGCCCCCAUCUUUGUCAGCACCCCCUUCCAGGCUACUGUGCUGGAGAGUGUCCCCUUAGGCUACCUGGUUCUCCACGUCCAGGCCAUCGACGCCGAUGCUGGUGACAAUGCCCGCCUGGAAUACCGCCUUGCUGGAGUUGGGCAUGACUUCCCCUUUGCCAUCAACAAUGGCACAGGCUGGAUCUCUGUGGCAGCUGAGCUGGACCGGGAAGAGGUUGAUUUCUAUAGCUUUGGGGUGGAAGCCCGAGACCACGGCACCCCAGUGCUCACUGCUUCAGCCAGUGUCAGCGUGACCAUCCUGGAUGUCAACGACAACAACCCCACCUUUACCCAACCAGAGUACACAGUGAGACUCAACGAGGAUGCGGCCGUGGGCACCAGCGUGGUGACAGUGUCGGCUGUGGACCGCGACGCCCACAGUGUCAUCACCUACCAGAUCACCAGCGGCAACACCCGCAACCGCUUUUCCAUCACCAGCCAGAGUGGUGGUGGGUUGGUGUCGCUCGCCCUGCCGUUGGACUACAAACUUGAGCGGCAGUAUGUGCUGGCGGUCACUGCCUCCGAUGGCACGCGGCAGGACACGGCACAGGUGGUAGUGAACGUCACUGAUGCCAACACUCAUCGUCCCGUCUUUCAGAGCUCCCACUAUACGGUAAAUGUUAACGAGGACCGACCGGCAGGCACCACGGUGGUGCUGAUCAGUGCCACGGACGAGGACACAGGCGAGAACGCCCGCAUCACCUACUUUAUGGAGGACAGCAUCCCCCAGUUCCGCAUUGAUGCAGACACAGGGGCUGUCACCACCCAGGCUGAGCUAGACUAUGAGGACCAAGUGUCCUACACCCUGGCCAUCACCGCCCGCGACAAUGGCAUUCCCCAGAAGUCUGACACAACCUACCUGGAGAUCCUGGUGAAUGAUGUGAAUGACAAUGCCCCUCAGUUUCUGCGUGACUCCUAUCAGGGCAGUGUGUAUGAGGAUGUGCCCCCCUUCACCAGUGUCCUGCAGAUCUCAGCCACUGACCGUGACUCUGGCCUUAAUGGCAGGGUCUUCUACACCUUCCAAGGGGGCGACGAUGGAGAUGGUGACUUUAUCGUAGAGUCCACAUCAGGCAUUGUGAGAACGCUUCGGAGGCUAGAUCGUGAGAACGUGGCCCAGUACGUUUUGCGGGCUUAUGCGGUGGACAAGGGAAUGCCUCCAGCCCGCACGCCCAUGGAAGUGACGGUCACCGUGUUGGAUGUGAACGACAAUCCACCUGUCUUUGAGCAGGACGAGUUUGACGUGUUUGUGGAAGAGAACAGCCCCAUUGGGCUGGCUGUGGCCCGCGUCACAGCCACUGACCCCGACGAAGGCACCAAUGCCCAGAUCAUGUACCAGAUUGUGGAGGGCAACAUCCCUGAGGUCUUCCAACUGGACAUCUUCUCUGGGGAGUUGACUGCUCUGGUGGACUUGGACUACGAGGACCGGCCCGAAUACAUCCUGGUCAUCCAGGCCACGUCGGCCCCCCUGGUGAGCCGGGCUACAGUCCACGUCCGCCUGCUUGACCGCAACGACAACCCACCAGUGCUGGGCAACUUUGAGAUCCUUUUCAACAACUAUGUCACCAACCGCUCAAGCAGUUUCCCUGGGGGUGCCAUUGGCCGCGUGCCUGCCCAUGACCCUGACAUCUCAGACAGCCUGACCUACAGCUUUGAGCGGGGGAAUGAACUCAGCCUGGUCCUGCUCAACGCCUCGACAGGCGAACUGAGGCUGAGCCGGGCAUUGGACAACAACCGUCCUCUGGAGGCCAUGAUGAGCGUGCUGGUGUCAGACGGCGUGCACAGUGUGACUGCCCAGUGCGCACUGCGGGUCACCAUCAUCACGGAUGAGAUGCUUACGCACAGCAUCACGCUGCGCCUGGAGGACAUGUCGCCGGAGCGCUUCCUGUCACCCCUACUGGGUCUCUUUAUCCAGGCGGUGGCGGCCACGCUGGCCACACCCCCAGACCACGUGGUAGUCUUCAACGUGCAGCGGGACACCGACGCCCCUGGAGGCCACAUCCUCAAUGUGAGCCUGUCCGUGGGCCAGCCGCCGGGGCCCGGGGGCGGGCCACCCUUCCUGCCCUCCGAGGACCUGCAGGAGCGCCUGUACCUCAACCGCAGCCUGCUCACGGCCAUCUCUGCCCAGCGCGUGCUGCCCUUCGACGACAACAUCUGCCUGCGCGAGCCCUGUGAGAACUACAUGCGCUGCGUGUCGGUGCUGCGCUUCGACUCCUCGGCGCCCUUCAUCGCCUCCUCCUCCGUGCUCUUCCGGCCCAUCCACCCCGUCGGGGGGCUGCGCUGCCGCUGCCCACCCGGCUUCACGGGCGACUACUGCGAGACCGAGGUGGACCUCUGCUACUCGCGGCCCUGCGGCCCCCACGGGCGCUGCCGCAGCCGCGAGGGCGGCUACACCUGCCUCUGUCGCGACGGCUACACCGGGGAGCACUGUGAGGUGAGUGCCCGCUCAGGCCGUUGCACGCCAGGUGUCUGCAAGAAUGGGGGCACCUGCGUCAACUUGCUGGUGGGUGGCUUCAAGUGCGACUGCCCGUCUGGAGACUUCGAGAAGCCCUACUGCCAGGUGACCACACGCAGCUUCCCUGCCCGCUCCUUCCUCACGUUCCGUGGCCUGCGUCAGCGCUUCCACUUCACCCUGGCCCUCUCGUUUGCCACCAAGGAGCGGGACGGACUGCUGUUAUACAACGGGCGCUUCAACGAGAAGCAUGACUUUGUGGCCCUCGAGGUGAUCCAGGAGCAGGUCCAGCUCACCUUCUCUGCAGGGGAGUCGACCACCACCGUGUCCCCGUUCGUGCCCGGAGGGGUCAGUGACGGACAGUGGCACACGGUGCAGCUGAAGUACUACAAUAAGCCACUGUUAGGUCAGACGGGGCUCCCGCAGGGCCCAUCGGAACAGAAGGUGGCUGUGGUGACCGUGGAUGGCUGUGACACAGGGGUGGCCCUGCGCUUCGGAGCUGUCCUGGGCAACUACUCCUGCGCUGCCCAGGGCACCCAGGGUGGCAGCAAAAAGUCUCUGGAUCUGACAGGGCCCCUACUGCUGGGUGGGGUCCCUGACCUGCCCGAGAGCUUCCCUGUCCGCACGCGGCACUUUGUGGGCUGCAUGAGGAACCUGCAGGUGGACAGCCGGCAUGUGGACAUGGCCGACUUCAUCGCCAACAAUGGCACCGUGCCUGGCUGCCCUGCCAAGAAGAAUGUGUGUGACAGCAGUACUUGCAACAACGGGGGCACCUGUGUGAACCAGUGGGAUGCAUUCAGCUGCGAGUGUCCUCUGGGCUUCGGGGGCAAGAGCUGUGCCCAGGAAAUGGCCAACCCACAGCGCUUCCUGGGCAGCAGCCUGCUCGCCUGGCAUGGCCUCUCGCUGCCCAUCUCCCAGCCCUGGCACCUCAGCCUCAUGUUCCGCACACGCCAGGCCAACGGUGUCCUGCUGCAGGCUGUCACCAGGGGGCGCAGCACCAUCACCCUGCAGUUGAGGGAAGGCCACGUGGUGCUGAGCGUGGAGGGCACAGGGCUCCAGGCCUCGUCUCUCCAGCUGGAGCCAGGCCGGGCCAAUGACGGCGACUGGCACCAUGCACAGCUGGCACUGGGAGCCACUGGGGGCCCCGGCCAUGCCAUCCUGUCCUUCGACUAUGGGCAGCAGUGGGCAGAGGGCAACCUAGGCCCCCGGCUGCAUGGGCUGCACCUGAGCAACAUUACGGUCGGGGGAGUGCCUGCGCCAGCCAGCGGUGUGGCCCGCGGCUUCCGGGGCUGUUUGCAGGGUGUGAGGGUAAGCGAGACGCCCGAGGGGGUUAGCGGUCUGGAUCCCAGCCGCGGGGAAGGCAUCAAUGUGGAGCCAGGCUGCAGCCUGCCAGACCCCUGUGACUCGAAUCCGUGUCCUGCCAACAGCUAUUGCAGCGAUGACUGGGACAGCUAUUCCUGCAGCUGUGAUCCAGGUUACUAUGGUGACAACUGUACUAACGUGUGUGACCUGAACCCAUGUGAGCAUCAGUCUGUGUGUAUCCGAAAGCCCAGCGCCCCCCACGGCUACACCUGCGAGUGUCUCCAGAAUUACCUUGGGCCAUAUUGUGAGACCAGGAUUGACCAGCCUUGCCCCCGUGGCUGGUGGGGACACCCCACGUGCGGCCCGUGCAACUGUGACAUCGGCAAAGGCUUCGACCCAGACUGCAACAAGACAAGCGGCGUGUGCCACUGCAAGGAGAACCACUACCGGCCCCCUGGCAGCCCCACCUGCCUCCUCUGUGACUGCUACCCCACGGGCUCUUUAUCCCGCGUCUGUGACUCUGAGGACGGCCAGUGUCCAUGCAAGCCAGGUGUCAUUGGGCGCCAGUGUGACCGCUGUGACAACCCGUUUGCUGAGGUCACCACCAAUGGCUGUGAAGUGAAUUAUGACAGCUGCCCACGGGCCAUCGAGGCUGGGAUCUGGUGGCCCCGUACCCGCUUUGGGCUGCCUGCUGCUGCCCCCUGCCCCAAAGGCUCCUUUGGCACCGCCGUGCGUCACUGUGAUGAGCACAGGGGGUGGCUCCCCCCAAACCUUUUCAACUGCACAUCAGUCACCUUCUCAGAGCUGAAGGGCUUUGCCGAGCGGCUGCAGCGGAACGAGUCGGGUCUGGACUCGGGGCGCUCCCAGCAACUGGCCCUGCUUCUGCGCAAUGCCACACAGCACACGGCUGGCUACUUCGGCAGCGACGUCAAGGUGGCCUACCAGCUGGCCACACGGCUGCUGGCCCACGAGAGCGCCCAGCGGGGCUUUGGGCUGUCCGCCACACAGGAUGUGCACUUCACCGAGAACCUGCUGCGGGUGGGCAGCGCCCUCCUGGACGCGGCCAACAAGCGGCACUGGGAGCUGAUCCAGCAGACGGAGGGAGGCACCGCCUGGCUGCUCCAGCACUACGAGGCCUAUGCCAGCGCCCUGGCUCAGAACAUGCGGCACACCUACCUGAACCCCUUCACCAUUGUCACGCCCAACAUUGUCAUCUCUGUGGUUCGCUUGGACAAGGGGAACUUUGCUGGGGCCAAGCUGCCCCGCUAUGAGGCGCUGCGGGGGGAGCGGCCCCCAGACCUAGAGACAACGGUCAUUCUGCCUGAUUCUGUCUUUCGAGAGACACCCACCAUGGUCCGGCCUGCGAGCCCUGGAGAGGCCCAGGAGCCUGAGGAGUUGGCACGGCGUCAGCGGCGGCACCCAGAGCUGAGCCACGGGGAGGCUGUGGCCAGUGUCAUCAUCUACCGCACUCUGGCCAGCCUGCUGCCCCAUAACUAUGACCCGGACAAGCGCAGCCUCAGAGUCCCCAAACGGCCGGUCAUCAACACGCCCGUGGUGAGUAUCAGCGUCCAUGACGAUGAGGAGCUUCUGCCCCGAGCCUUGGACAAGCCGGUCACGGUGCAGUUCCGGCUGUUGGAGACGGAGGAACGCACCAAGCCCAUCUGUGUCUUCUGGAACCAUUCCAUCCUGGUCAGUGGCACGGGUGGCUGGUCAGCCCGAGGCUGCGAGGUCGUCUUCCGCAACGAGAGUCACGUCAGCUGCCAGUGCAACCACAUGACGAGCUUCGCCGUGCUCAUGGACGUGUCCCGGCGGGAGAAUGGGGAGAUCCUGCCACUGAAGACACUGACAUACGUGGCCCUAGGGGUCACCUUGGCUGCCCUGCUGCUCGCCUUCCUCUUCCUCACCAUCCUACGUGCCCUACGCUCCAACCAGCACGGCAUCCGACGGAACCUGACUGGGGCUCUGGGCCUGGCGCAGCUGGUCUUCCUCCUAGGAAUCAACCAGGCUGACCUCCCUUUUGCUUGCACAGUCAUCGCCAUCCUGCUGCACUUCCUGUACCUCUGCACCUUCUCCUGGGCCUUGCUGGAGGCCCUGCACCUGUACCGGGCCCUCACCGAGGUGCGCGACGUCAAUGCCGGCCCCAUGCGCUUCUACUACAUGCUGGGCUGGGGCGUGCCCGCCUUCAUCACAGGUCUAGCCGUGGGCCUGGACCCUGAGGGCUAUGGGAACCCUGACUUCUGCUGGCUCUCCAUCUACGAUACGCUCAUCUGGAGUUUUGCUGGCCCUGUGGCCUUCGCGGUCUCGAUGAGUGUCUUCCUGUACAUCUUGGCGGCCCGGGCCUCCUGUGCUGCCCAGCGGCAGGGCUUUGAGAAGAAAGGCCCCGUCUCGGGCCUGCGGCCCUCCUUCGCUGUCCUCCUGCUGCUGAGCGCCACGUGGCUGUUGGCGCUGCUCUCUGUCAACAGUGACACCCUCCUUUUCCACUACCUCUUUGCUGCCUGCAAUUGCAUCCAGGGCCCCUUCAUCUUCCUCUCCUACGUGGUGCUUAGCAAGGAGGUCCGGAAAGCAUUCAAGUUUGCCUGCAGCCGCAAGCCCAGCCCUGACCCUGCGCUGACCACCAAGUCCACCCUGACCUCGUCCUACAACUGCCCCAGCCCCUAUGCGGAUGGGCGGCUGUACCAGCCCUAUGGAGACUCAGCUGGCUCCCUGCAUAGCGCCAGCCGCUCGGGGAAGAGUCAGCCCAGCUACAUUCCCUUCUUGCUGAGGGAAGAGUCCACGCUGAACCCUGGCCAAGGGCCCCCUGGCCUGGGGGACCCAGGCAGCCUAUUCCUGGAAGGUCAAGACCAGCAGCAUGACCCUGACACGGACUCUGACAGUGACCUGUCCCUGGAAGAUGACCAGAGUGGUUCCUAUGCCUCUACUCACUCAUCAGACAGUGAGGAGGAGGAAGAGGAGGAGGAAGAGCCCGUCUUCCCUGGCGAGCCGGGCUGGGACAGCCUGCUGGGGCCUGGCGCUGAGAGACUGCCCUUGCACAGUACCCCCAAGGAUGGGGGCCCAGGGCCUGGGAAGGCCCCCUGGCCAGGAGACUUCGGGACCACAGCAAAGGAGAGUAGUGGUAAUGGGGUCUCUGAGGAGCGCCCAUGGGAGAAUGGAGAUGCCCUGCCUCGGGAGGGGUCCCUUGGCCCCCUUCCAGGCCCCUCUGCCCAACCUCACAAAGGCAUCCUCAAGAAGAAGUGUCUGCCCACCAUCAGUGAGAAGAGCAGCCUUUUACGGCUACCCCUGGAGCAAGGCACAGGGUCUUCUAGGGGCUCCUCAGCCAGCGAGGGCAGCCGGGGCGGACCCCCUCCCCGCCCUCCACCCCGGCAGAGUCUGCAGGAGCAGCUGAACGGGGUCAUGCCCAUCGCCAUGAGUAUCAAGGCAGGCACGGUGGAUGAGGACUCGUCGGGCUCCGACAGCGACGAAACGUCCAUCUGAGGAGCCUGGGCCUUGCCGGGAGGGGCACCCACCCCACCCAGGGCCAUCUAGUGCCAACUCCCUCCCCCACCAUCCCCUUCACUGCACUUUGGACCCCCGGGGCCAACAUCUCCAAGACAAAGUUUUUUCAGAAAAGAGGAAAAAAAAGAAUUUAAAAAAGGAUCUCCACUCUUCAUGACUUCAGGGAUUAAUUUUUUUUAUAUGCUGGAAACUGACUCCCCUUUCCCUUCCCGAAGAGGAUAGGACCUCCCAGGAUACUUCCCAGCCUCUCCUCAGUUUCCCAUCUGCUGUGCCUCUGGGAGGAGAGGGACUCUUGGGGGGCCUGCCCCUCGUUUGCCAUCACCAAAAGGAAAGGACAAAGCCACAUGCACCCAGGGCAUCGGGCCCUGCAGGCUGCACCCCGGCGGGGCCUCAGUAUGGUGAGGGCGUCAAGGUCGAGGGCACUCCUCACCCUGCCUGUGCUGCCCCUCCCAGGAACUGCAAAAGCCCCGUCCGGAGAGGGGGCUGAAGGACUCCGCGCCCCCGGACCCCCAAAUGCUGCAUGAACACAUUUUGAGGGGAACCCGUGCCCCUGGGCGGAGGCCGGGCCACCCCAGCCCCUCUCCUUUCCCUGGACUCUGGCCACGUGCUGCAGCCCGGGCGUUUGCUCAGUUUGCUGACCCAAAAGUGCUUCAUUUCCCUGCCUGACCCGCCCGGGGAAGGCCAGUCAUGUGUUUAGUUGCGCUUCUUUGCUGUGGUGUGGGUGGGACGCGGAGGAAGAGUAAGUCGAGGGCUGGCUUGGUUGCCCCCAGAAGUCUCAAGCACAGGUCUCAAAUCUGGGUUCUGGUGUCCACGCAGCC